AUUGCUUUGACUGCUCAAAAAAACACAAGAAAGGAAAAACCAAAACAAAAAAAUGGCCCUAAACAACAAUCUAAAAUUGUUCUACAUCCUCCUCUUCUUCUCCUCCCUCCUCCUCCCCAGCCAUCUAGCACAAUCCCCAGGGCCGGCGCCAGGGGCAUCAUUAUUCGACGAAAUCGACGCUCAAAACCCCUCCAUCUCACUACCCCCGUCGUCCUUGGAAGCCCCGUCCAUCGCUCCUAGCAACGAGUACGAUCUAUCACCAUCCAACGCCCCGUCAGGCGAUGAUCCCGAUCCAGCAUUGGAGAAAAUCUGUGAAUCCACCGACUAUCCUGUCCUUUGCCUGUCUACGGUGGCUCCGUACCUAGACGGGGAGACCGACAUCCAGUCCAUCCUCGACGUGGCCAUUCAGGCCGGGGCCGAGUUCUCCAAAUACGGGCAGGAAACGGCGCAGAAGCUCGCUGGGAACCCUGCGAACCCACCACAGCACUCGUCUGUGCUCAGCGACUGCAGGGACGGGUUUGAGACCGCGGCCGAGAACUACGGGAAGGCCGCGGACGCCCUCGUGGAGCAAGACAGGGGCACGGUGAACAGCAUGCUGAGUGCCGUAAUAACAUACAUUGGAGACUGUCAGGAUACAAUCUCAACGGAUUCCCCAUUGUACAGCCUUACUGAAAAGCUCACCAAAAUGACCAGUAAUUGCCUCGCAAUUAGCUCCAUCAUCAACUGAAAAUCAUAUGUAUUUUGCAACAUCUCGCAAUAAGAAUAGGUGCA